AUGAUCAUCGCUGACUGUAACAAUGGUCGUAUCAUUCAAUGGAAGAUCGGUGAUAAGAAUGGGCAAGUAGUGGGUGAUAAUUAUAAUCCAGAAAAUGAGUUGAAUCAAUCGGCUUGUAAACCCGAUGUAUUGAUCGACAAAGAGACUAAUAGUCUUAUUAUUUGUGAUCCAGCGAAUCGACGAGUGAUCCGUUGGUUUCAUCUUAGUGGUACAAUUCAAGAAGAAAUAGUUAUCGACAACAUCAAUUGUUGGGGACUGGCAAUGGAUGAUCAGAGAUAUCUUUACAUCUCUAACGUGGAUAAACAUGAAGUCAGGCGAUAUCAAAUGGGAGACAAAAAUGGAACUCUCGUAGCAGGUGGUCAUGGCAAGGGCGAUAAUUUAAAUCAACUUAGUGGUCCAAUUCAAAUCUUUAUCGAUCGAAAACAGACUGUCUAUGUGUCAGACAAUUUCAAUAAUCGUGUGAUGAAAUGGAACAAAGGUGCAACAGAAGGGGUUGUUGUUGCAGGAGGCCAUGGAGAAGGACAGGCUUUGACACAAUUGGCUGGUCCUCGCGGACUGUUCGUCGACAUGUCAGACACUGUCUAUGUGGUCGAUACCCGAAAUCAUAGAAUGAUGCGUUGGCCUAAAGGAGCACAACAUGGCACUAUCAUUGUAGGUGGAAAUGAUUCAGGAGAAGAAGAAAAUCAGCUCGACAAUCCCGUGGGUUUGUCUUUCGAUCGGAUUGGCAAUCUCUAUGUCGCCGAUAGUAUGAAUGCUCGAGUUCAACGAUAUUCUAUUGAAUGGACUCGCUAG